GUUCCUUCCAGCUUCUUCCCUCAACAACUUCAACUUCGCAGUCACCGAGCUCGAGAGCAUGCGCUCUACUUCUCAUAUACCCAUCAUAUUCUAAUCAAAAUGGCAACUCCACAGCUAGCAAUAGCUAGAGUUUCCUUUUCUGCCGUCCUUCUACGUCCAGAUCCGACUUCAUGCACGCGCAGCGAGAUCGAUGAGUUCCUUCAGCUACUCGACGCGACCAUCUCGCGAUGCUCCCCUCCCAAUGUUCAGAAUUGCAAGCAGUGGAUAUUGAAGAACCUGGUCCAGUCCCCUGCUAGAAUUACGGCCCUAGGAAAAUACUUGACGGCAUUGGCCAAGUCCUUCACCUUGGAUCUCGCCGCCAGUAGACAAGCUCGCGAACCUUCUUCGAAACGAAAACGGCUACACAUCCUCUACGUUCUUAACGAUGUGCUCUACCACGUCCACGUUAGGAAUCGGGAUUCCAACCUUAUAGAAAAGCUAGAACCAGCUAUUCCAGACCUCGUUCGAAUCGUCGCAGCGUUUCCGAAUUCACCAAAGCACGCCAAAAAGGUCCUAGGUCUUGUAGACCUCUGGGGCGAAAAGCGAUAUUUUCACGUUGCCUUCGUUCAAAAACUUCGAACGGUCGUCAAGGAAGCGCCUGAUUCGGUCACCAAAUCCGAUGCGACCGCCGACGGAGGCCAGCCCACGAAAUCUUCAAAGGAAGCUCCCUUCAUAAUGCCAGCUAUACAUGGCGACGCAACCGUAUCCUGGUACGACUUACCCGCGGCGAACUGGCUACCCGUCAUCGAACCCAACUCUACAAGACCAAUGAAUCCGGACAUGAUCAAGCCUUUGCAGCUCACCCCAGGUCCUGCAGAAAUUGAUUUGAUUAAGGCAGUACAAGACUUACUAGCUGAUGUCGAUCGCAUCUACCGCAAAGACCAAUGCGACGGCGCCGAAGACAUCGACCAACUAGGGCAACGCGUCGUGCUUGACGAGAUCACUGGAGAUGUUAUCAAUGGAGAGACAUAUUACGGUUGGUCCCGCGCCUUCUGUGAGAAGAUGAAGCAGCGUCGCAAGAAAGCUAGUACUCCCGGAAACGACCAUCGCGGCCGAAGCACUUCGCGCUCACGAUCGCCAGGCUCAUCUCGUAGCUCAUCGCGGCCAGCUUUUAAGCGACGACGGGUAUCUACAUCUCGAAGUCCAAGCCGAAGCAGGAGUCCGAGUCGCCGACGAAGUUAUAGUAGAGAGCGACGCCGCAGGCGUUCAUAUAGUAGUUCAAGAUCGUCCUCGCGUUCGCACUCUCGGGGAAGACGUUACGAUACUUCGCCGAAACGAAGUCCUCUCCCACGGUCAUACGACGCACCUCGCCCCGUCGGUUCCAACGGAAAGCAGCAACCAGGUUUCCCGCCUCUGCCACCACCGAAUCCUCAGUAUCAACCUCCCUUCCCACAAUCGUUCCCUCAAAUAUCCCCGGAGCUCAACCAAUACAUGGUACCGCCUCCCCCUCCACCGCAGAACUACCAAGGCCAAUGGCCGCCGCCACCGCCCCCAAUGCCGCCAAAUAUGCCACUGAACUGGAUUCAGAAUAUGGCCAUGGGAGGAGGAUGGCCAGUGAAUCCACACCCACCCCCGCCGCCGCAACAACAACAGCACCAGCACGGUGGCUACCAGCAGUAUGGAAGAGGUGGAAGGGGAGACUAUCGAGGUCAGGGAUAUCGUGGAGGAUGGGAUCACCGGGGUCGUGGCUGGUGAGUUGACGGGGUUAUGAGUGUGCAAUACGACGAUUCCAGCAUAGAGAGGACGCCUAGUGUAUUGCAUAUCUACCUAGGCAGGUAGCGAAACAUGAGGGCAUUGUGUGAGAUAAUACCAAAAAGCAAAAUAUUACAUAUCCAAUUGCUCAAAUAUGGUUAUAAACGCAUUCUACUAUCAUCUAGAAGAGAAACUCCCCAAUAGUAGCUGCGAAUCGUCACA